AUGGGAAGAAGAUUCAAGGGCCCCCUCAAAAAGGUCAAAGAAACUGAAAUUCCUGAAAAAAAUGAACAGGAAGACGAUGAUAGCAUCAAGACUGACGCCAAGAGUAACAUAGGCUCCGCUGAUCAGGAUGAUGAAGAGGACUAUUACCAUGAGGAAGAAUAUCCUGAAGAGAAGUACAGGCAACUGGAGGAACGUAUGAAGGCUAUGGAAAUCCAGAAGGUACCUGGGCUGGAUUUUGAGGAACUAGGGCUCAUCCCCGGAGUCAUUAUCCCUCCAAAGUUCAAGAUUCCGACGUUUUCUAAAUAUGAUGGAGUUUCCUACCCUAAGAUGCAUCUGAGAUCAUAUGUGAGGAAAAUCCAACCUCACACUAAAGACAAGAGACUGUGGAUUCAUUUCUUCCAAGAGAGUUUGUCUGGAACUCAACUGGAAUGGCACUAUCAGCCGGAGAGUGCCAGCAUUUGCACUUGGGAAGACAUGGCUGCUGCUUUUUACAAAGAUCCUCCGAAGAAUGUCACUACAACGUCUCCAAACUAUGAUCCUAAUGCAAAAUGUGCGUACCAAUCCAAUAGUCCUGGACACCAUGCUGAUAAUUGCUGGGCACUGAAAAAUAAGAUUCAAGACAUGAUAGAGGCUGGCGAAAUCGAGUUUGAUCCUCCAGAAACUCCGAAUGUUAUUACUGCCCCUAUGCCAAAUCAUGACAAAGCUAUCAACGCUAUCAUGGACACGGUCUAUGUCUAUGAUGUGAGAGAUCUGUCAACUCCGCUCCCAGUCAUAAAGAGAAAGAUGCUGCAAGCUGGUUUAUUUCCGGGUUGCGACCCAGAUUGUUUCUCCCGUGGCCUGAAGAUUGAAUACGUGUCGGUAAUUUCCAAAGCUCCGUUGAAGAUCCCUACUAAGGCUCCAUUCAAGAUUUCUGCUGAACCCCGGGUGGCUCCUGUAAUUAUCACUAAGUCUGGUCCAAUUCUAUAUUCUUCUGAUAAGGCUAUCCCUUGGAACUAUGGUGCCGAGGUCUAUAUUCAGAGAGUUAAGCAAGAACUUGUAGCUGAUAAGGCUGUCGAAGACACUAAUCCUGAUGUGGGUAAUAUUGCCGGAACUAGUAAAGUAACAAGAAGUGGAAGGUUGUUUUCUCCAGAAAUCUCUCCAAACACUGUUGCACCUGCUGAUACCCCUAUUCCUAAUCAGAAUGCUGAUACCCGAGGUAAAGGGCCGUUGCAUGAACCCAUCCAGACACCAGUUGAGACUGUUACUGAAAAUCCAUCUCCUGAAGAAGCAAAUGAGUUCUUGAAGAUCAUCCGCGAGAACAAUUACCUUGGGUUUUUUGAUGCUGAUCUAAGUCCCAGUGGAAGGAAUCAUAACAAGUCUUUGCACAUCUCCAUUGAAUGUGAGGGAACCACUCUGGCCCAUGUAUUAGUAGACAAUGGUUCGUCUUUGAAUGUGCUACCCAAGAUGGUAUUAGACAAACUCAACCCCGAGGGAAUCAUGCUGAAAUCCAGUGAUGUGAUAGUAAAAGCUUUCGAUGGUUCAAUGAGUACGGUAUACAGCGAAGUUGAGCUCCCAAUUAAAGUAGGCUCUCAGACUUUCAACACUGUGUUCUAUGUGAUGGACAUCCAUCCCGCCUAUUCUUGUCUGCUUGGGCGUCCUUGGAUACAUGGGGCAAAUGUCGUGACUUCGACUCUGCAUCAAAAACUGAAAUACCCGGCGAAAGCCAAGAUCGUCAUUGUGUAUGGUGAGGAGGAAUACGUGGUGAGCUUCAUAGAUGAGACCAAGUAUGUUGAGUUUACUGGAGAAACCUUUGAAUCUCCCCGUCAGGCAUUUGAGUUGGUCCCUCAAGUGAUUCCUGGAGCUAAGCCUGCCCAUAAUGUUCCUAAGGUUGCCAGAAUUCCUCCUACAAUGGCUUCUUUGAAAGGUGCUAGGGCUGUGGUUGAAGAAGUUGGUUGUACUAUCUGGGGGCAACUCCCUGAUAUCCCCUACAAGUCCAACAAAUGGGGUUUAGGCUGCACUGCUAAAGAUCAGAAUGGAGAACAACACUCUCGUCCAUAA